ACAUCCACUAAGAUUUGUGAAGUGUAGUGUCGGGCGAGGGUGUUUUUCGUUUUUUCGUAAUAGUGCAGUGAGUAUAGCAGUCAAGUUGUUAAUAAAUGGUGUUUGGUAAAAGACAAUCAUCGUAAACUCCCGAGAUUAUUCCACCAGGGGUUUAAGGAAAAUGCUAAAAGCUCUGAUUUCAACAAGUUUGAUGUUAAACAGUGGUCGAUAGUAGCCAAUAUUCUUGGCUUCUAACUUAUUCAGAGUAUUCUUAAGUGAUUUUGCCGCCUUCGGCAUUUGUGUGUGAAAUUGCAAGAUGAACGACGCCAAUGGAAAGAUUGGUGCUAACUCCGAUGGGCUUGAUCUAGACUUCGUGUAUGCAGACACAGAUUCAUAUGCCAGCGAAAUCGCGGAGCUAUACAGUUAUACUGAGUUUAGUGAGUUUCAGCUUAAUGUUCAGGCAUUCGAGGACCAAAUGGAAUUGUAUAAACUGCCACCAAGCUGGCAAAAAUUACCAGUUACCCAACGUCGAAGCAUCAUAAUGAAGUUAUUGGAUCAAUUAGAUGUUUCGGAACGUCAAAUUCGUAUGCGUGCAGCACGUUGUAUUUUGUAUAUAGCACAAGGAUGUUGGGCAGAGGUUCAAUCAGACCAAGAACAACAACAGAAUACUCGCGAAAAUGUUCUUCUUCUCUAUGAAUUGAAUGUAUUCGCCGCGUUUGUAGAGCUUCUGAAUUUAGAAAUUGAAAAUUCAAUUUCUGCCGAUAAUGCGAUGUUGAAAGUUGCGGUGUCGUUAAGCGAUUCAAUGGAUUUACGCGUGAUCCUGUCGGUACUUUAUAUAAUUACGGAAACAAUAAGAGCGGAAAAGGAGAAUGAUUCGGCCGAUUAUAAAGCAGUGGUUGACAGUUUCACAAAUGAUCUUAAUACGCAGUAUGGUGAUGAGCUUCUAGCAAUCAAACUUCUAGGUAUGAUUACACGUUUCUGCAGCGGUUCAGCGCCACAUUUUCCCAUGAAAAAGGUUUUACUUUUAUUGUGGAAAGUGUCUUUGGUUAGCUUGGGUGGUAUCGAAACAUUGAGAAAACUGAAAAAUGAAUAUCGUAUUUGUGCUGGGUUAAGUCCUGCUAAAGAGGAUACACUUGAGGUUACAAAAUGUAUGAGAGCCAGUUCACCACCGGCAACAGCUGCUGAUAUAUUAGAUAAUCAGAAUCCAAAACGGAAUGCAUUUAGGCGAGUACGUACGAACGAUAUAUUGCAAGAGAGCUUAAUGAAGCAGAGCUCUCUUGAUGAACAAGAACAAAUGACUAUGGAAAUGGAGGCACAAUCUGCCGAAACUGAGGAAGAUUUGUCAGAUUACUAUCGACCUUAUGAUGAUCCCACUUUAAAUUCAGCAGCACCAGGUCCUGGGGGACAAAAAUAUGACCAUCCCAUGUAUAACGCAAUGUCUAUGUUUCGGAAUGUUACACGACUCCCAUGGGCACCAAAAGUUCGUCAAAAAGACAUCGAUCAAUUUCUGGAUAUUUCACGUAGUAAAUUUAUCGGUUAUACAUUAACUGAUGACCAUGAGAGUUUAGCUGGUCUGCCACAACCAAUCCAUGAGGGUAUAAAGACGUUAAAACGACAUAUGUAUAUAAGCUUGGCAGAUGUUCAAAUUAGAAAGGAGGAAGAAAUCGCUCGUAAUCCAAUUUCAACAAGCGAAAAUGAGAUUAGAAUGACACCAGCAGAGAUACUCUAUCAAGCCAUUCUACCAAACCUGCCGCAGUAUAUGAUUGCACUGUUAAAAGUGCUUUUAGCAGCAUCACCAACAUCUAAAUCUAAGACGGAAAGUAUCAAUAUUAUGGCCGAUGUACUACCUAGAGAUAUGCCAAUGACGGUGUCACAAUCAACUAAGCUUGGUAUCGACGUAAAUCGCCACAAAGAAAUUAUCGUAAAAGCUGUAUCAGCCAUCUUACUUCUGUAUUUAAAACAUUUCAAGAUUAAUCAUGUCUAUCAGUUUGAAUUCAUGUCACAGCAUUUAGUAUUCGCUAAUUGUAUACCGCUCGUCUUGAAAUUUUUCAAUCAAAAUAUUCUGGAGUAUGUUGGAUUCAAAAACGGGAUACCAAUCAUCGAUUUUCCAUCAUGUGUCAUUGGUGAGCAAUCUGAACUCACAUCCGAGAGUUUAGUCCUGGAUGACACUUCUCCUUACUCCUGGCGUAAUGUUUUCUCCUGUAUAAAUUUGUUACGUGUACUGAACAAACUGAUCAAGUGGAAACAUUCUCGAGUUAUGAUGCUGGUCGUGUUUAAAUCCGCCCCCAUCUUAAAGAAAACGCUAAAAGUGCGUCACGCUAUGAUGCAACUAUAUGUCCUGAAGUUACUAAAGAUGCAAACUAAAUACUUGGGACGUCAAUGGCGCAAAUCUAACAUGAAAACAAUUAGCGCGAUUUACGCAAAAGUACGUCAUCGUUUGAAUGACGAUUGGGCAUUUGGUAACGAUUUAGAGUCACGCCCAUGGGACUUCCAGGCUGAAGAAUGUACACUUCGCACAUGUGUCGAUCGUUUUAAUAAUCGUCGUUACCCGGAAGCUAUGCAGAAAUGUCAGACCUCUAUCGCAGGUGGUGGUACAAAUAAUGGAAGUGGAGGCGGAUGUGGAGCGAAUGGAUCUAGCGGUGGAAAUGCAGGAAACGGAGCUAUCCAAUCUGGGACGGGAACAGGAGCUGGAAGCGGAAUCGGAGGCGUUGAUGGACAUGACAGUGACUUAAUUGGCGGUCUAGGAUAUGGAAGUGGUGGAAAUAGUAUGGGAUUAAUUGGUGACAUGUUCUUCAAUGCCGCUGCGUUCGGUGUAGCUUCGGAUUAUAGUCCUGGGUAUGGGGGCUGGGAUCGGAAAAUUGAGUUGACAGACGAUUUCAAGGCUAAUUAUGAAUUAUGGCUACAAGAAGAGGUAUUCAAUAUGCAAACAAAUUGGGAUGCUCUACUUUCGAAUGUUGAUUGUGUUUAGUAAGCGAACUUUUUUUUUUUGUUUAUAUAUUUUAUGUCAUGAAGGACGUGAAGGAUUAUUUUAAAUUAUUUAUAAGCGCAAUUGACGAUUGGUUAUAUAAAGCAUUAUAAGCUUCUCAAAAUUUUACUUAGUUUAGUUUCAUUGAAGUGGAGACAUGAAUUUUCAAAAUGACGAUUAUUAGCUGUAAAUAUUUUCAGAUUUGUAAGCAUAAAGAUGAUAUUCUGAAAUAAAAUAAACUCAAACAGAA